CGGUUUGCUCAUAUGCCCUUGACGGCAAGCAAGUUUUCUUCGCCGCCGGCGUCGAUGUUAAAAAGGCAAGAACCCCUGGGACGAGAAGGGGAAUGUCUGCCUAGGAAAUAGUGACUGCAAUCGUGUGAGAGACAGCAGAAAAGAGAAAGUGGGAAAUGCACAAACGAUCAAAUUUGUGUUUAUCUAGCUAAAGUAUUUUUCACUCAAAGAAUGGAAAAAUAAACGUAAUAAAAUAAUGAAGAUGAUCAAGAAAGAAGUGAAAGCUCAAAAUGAAAAGAAAAUAGAUUAGAUAGCAAACAGUAUUCAAAACGAUAAUUAAUCAACAGCAAUGUUCAAAGCAAUAAAAUAUCUACGAAAUCCUCACAAGAAAAAUAAAAACACCAUCAUCCACAAUGCUGAAAAUCAGAAAGUAAUUAACAAAAAUGAUCAAUAUAACAUAGUAAAAGAACACUUUACACAACACUUUUGGAAUGACCAACAUGAAAUGGUAAAUCAAUUUGAAGGACCACCUAGACCUCUUAAUAAGCCAAUAAGUAAAGAAGAAGUAGAAAAGGCAUUAAAUAGGAUGAAAAAUAAUAAGCCACCUGGAGAAGACCAUAUACCUGCAGAAUUGGUAAAACACAGCUCUGAAGCAGUAAAACAAAAAAUUAGCGAAUAUCAAUAUAGGAAAAUCAAAUCUGAUACCAAUACAGAAACAAGGUAAAGAAAAAGGCCCAGUGAAAAAUUUAAGACCGAUAAACUUGUUGAAUACCAUCCCUUACAACCCUCAACAGAAUCCAGCCCAAAGUUGAUCAAUACCUUUCACAAUCACAGUCACUAUUAUGUCUCAACAUGAGACAUAAUAUGGACCCACAGAUUUCUAACAGCAAAAGCACAGCUCUACUAAUAUCUUGAAAUACAUAUAAUUGCAAUAGACAUGUCCUCAGCCUUUGGUACCAUCAACAGAAAUAAACUAAUGAAAGAAUUGAAAACCUUUCUUGAUGAAGAUUAAUGUAGAAUGAGCCGACUAAUACUCAGUAAUACAAGCAUCAAUGUACUGUUUGCAGAUAGUCAUCCAGAAGACACCAGCACAAACGUAGGAUCACCACAAGGAGAUGCAAUUAGUGGAACAUUUUUUAAUAUAGCGUAAAAAAGCCUUAGAACAUUACAAGGGAAUCUAAACAUAAGAAGACCAACGAUAGAACAUUCAUACACAAAGAUUACAAGCCUAACAAGAGAAUUAAUAUAUGCAGAUGACACUGAUUUCCCAACAGAAGAUAAAGCAGAAAAGGAUUACCUCAAAAGCAUUGUUAAAGACACUUGCAAAGCAUAAUCUAAAAGUAAAUGAAGAUAAAACGGAGUAAACUGAGAUAAAGAGAAAUAAAGAUAAAAUUGAUGAAACCUGGAGAACAGUGAAGAAACUGGGAAGUCUACUUGCAUGCUAUGAAGACAUAAGUGAAGAAUACAACUGUCAUAUGCAGCAUUCAAUUCAAUAAAACAAGUAUGAUUAAAACAGAACAUACACUAGGAGAAGAAAUUAACAAUCUAUAAAUCAACAGUAAAACCAGUAUUAACCUACAAUUUCGGAACAUGGGGACUGACAAAGAAAGACCAAAAUGAAAUUGAUGUAGUACAUAGAAGACAACUUAGAAAUAUUAUAAAAGAUAAAAAGAUCAAGAAUCAAAAAUUAUACGUAAAAUGCAAGGAGGAACCCAUAAGUAAAACUAGGAAACAUGCCAAAUGGAGAUUACUUGGACAUAUCCUUAGACUACCAGAGACUACACUUGCACACCAAUCUAUGAAAUACUACUUCGAAAUUCCCAAAGAUGCAAAGAAAUUUUCAGAAAACAAACAAAUUACUUUACCAACUUCUAUAGACCAAAAAUCAAAACAACUCUCAAAAAUAACUCCCUGUUAAGCAAUUUACAACAACUGAUGACCUUCGCACACUAAACAGAUUGCACAAGAUAGAAAACGAUGGAGUGAUUUAUCUAAAGUCAUUUGCCUCGCCUAAGAUAAAUAAAACACUGUUUCUACAAAUCGAAAAGGCAUAGAAGAAGAAGAAAGUAUUUUUCAAAUCAGGGGAAAUUGGCGAAGCUAGCUACCUACUCACCUCUCACCUCCCCUUGCCUGCUUUGCACUCACUGUUAUCUAGACAGCCAUAUUUUACAUGGCUCCUCUUUCUUCAUUUAGGCAUAACAGAACCCUCAAGAUCCUUCACCUGUUUUUAGUCAUCAAAAAUUAGGUUUUGUCUCUGUUAAUGGAAAAUUGGUCAUUAGGGGUAAAGGCAAUUAAAGCAUCAGCUUGCCAUUGAAAUAAAAAAACAGACUAAAUUUAUUACAAUUUAAUUGUAGCUGGACAAAAGAAGAGAAACAAAAUUAACCUAUAAAUACUAACAGAUGUAAUAGCAGAAUAAGGUUUACAACACUUUUGCAUAUAACAAAACAGUCUGCAUAAAAAACAUAAUUUCUUGAGCGGAACUUCAUUCUAAAGUACAAAGUGGAAAUAAAGCAUGCCCUUAACAUGGAUAUAGCUAGCUAACAGCCAAUUUGCUGAAGAGGGUGUCGAUAAGCCGCAAACGCCCGCAUAUGUAAGGGCGAGUUCGGACGACUUUUCGAAUUAAAUUGGCAGUUGUUGUCUGAAACCGCCUGCACUUUCACGAACUCGCCCAGAACAUUCCCAAAAUGUAGUUCCUUGUGUAACAUACCAAGCGGACAAUAGUUGGAAGAAGGAGCUUGAAGAUAAAGGAGUUAAUAAAGUUUAUAUAUAAGUUAUUUAUCAAGUAAAUCUUUAUAAACUAUCAAAAACAGUUCUUUUAAGAACUUCGCUACCACAUAAACAUACAUCCUGCAAUAUAUUAUACUGUACAUAAUGCACAAUGGAUUUAAAAGGUGCAUGCAUCAUUGGAGGGCGUAAUCAUAAGGGUGGCAUUGAUGGCUUGGGUAUUGUUGCUGAUAAUACUGAAAAAAAUGUUGAAGUUGUUUGGAACAAUGGGAAUGAGGAUAUUUGCCCUGGCAAUGAUCUGCUUGUAUAUGAUCUUGGUCCCACUGGAAUAACACAUCCAGGAAUAAAAUGUGAUGAAUGUGCAUCAGCACCUGUUGUUGGUAUAAGAUGGAAUUGUGCAACUUGUAAUGAUUAUGAUUUAUGUAACACAUGUUACCAUGGAAACAUGCAUGAUUUAGAUCAUGCUUUUUAUCGAAUUUCUUUGCCAAAUACUCCUGCUAGGAACGUUGGAAAAAGGAAACUUCAAGAAAGAAGUAAGAUCCAUGGAUUUUUUCCUGGUGCAAAGGUGAAACGAGGAAGAGAUUGGGAUUGGGGAAACCAGGAUGGUGGAGAUGGCAGCACUGGUAAAGUUGUUUCUAUUUAUGACUGGAAAGGACCAUUUAGCAAAAAGAGUUUAAGAAGUGGUGUUAGUGUACUAUGGAACAAACAAAAAAAUGAGAAUAACUACAGAACUGGAUUUCAAGGCAAGAUGGAUCUAAUUUGUACUACACCUGCAUUUGGGGGAUAUUGUUACAAGAAUCACCUGCCUGAACUUAAUGCACUGUUAAAAGCUGUACCACAAAGGCGAGCAAAGAAAUUUAAUGUUGGUGAUAUGGUGACAAUAUAUAAAAGUGUAGAAUCACUUAUGCAACUGCAGGAUGGCCAUGGAGGUUUUAUCCAAGAGAUGGUGAACUGCAUUGGAAUAGUUGGUCAUGUAAUAGAGAUAGCACCUACUGGAGAUGUAUUUGUUUUAUUUGAUGUUUCUGAUGAUGAAGACGAUACCAACCUUUUUUCGUUAUUCUUAAAACUUAAAGGAGUAAAGAGGCGAAAGUUAGUAAUAAAUCCUGCUGCACUUAAAAAAGUUGAAAAUUUACCAGUCAACGAAAAAGUUAAAGUAAUCAAUGAUGAAAAUUUAUUUGCUUUAAUGCAAAAAAAUAUUGAUGUUUACAAACAAGGUCUUGAGAAGUUAGCAGGAAAAGAAGGAGUUGUUAUAAAGCCAUUUGAUGGAAAGACAAUCUCUGUAAAAUUUGGUGAUAGAGUAAUUGUUCCAUUAAGUGUAGCUGCUAUUGCUGAGGAAGAAGAAGAGGAAGAAAUUUCAGGAAGAGACAUGCUUGUCAGGCUUUUACGGUUAUUCAGUGAGGCGAUGGAUGAUAGUGAUAACGAGGAAAAAGGAACAAAAGCAGGAAAGAAAAAAAUUGAAGAGAUACGUGAAAAAGACAUUGUUACAACUGUUUAUGAGGGAGACUUGGAUGGCGCUCGGAAAAUAUUGACCGAAAAACCACAUAUGAUAAAUGCAUUUAAAAAUGGAAAAAGCUCUUUGCAUGUUGCAUUGAUCCAAGGUAAUGAAGAAAUGAUUAACCUAUUGUUGGAAUUUGGCGCCGAUACUAGAUUAGAGAGUGAUGAUGGAGAUACUGCUUUACAUUUUGCAGUUGCAAGCGACAUGGUAGCAACUGGUCGAUUGCUGAUUAGACGUGGGUGUCCAAGAAAUAACAAAAACAAAACUGGUUUUACGGCUCUUCAUGCAGCUGUCCUUAAACAAAGCGCAGGAUUUGUACAAAUGUUGGUCAGUGAAAAGUGUGAUCCCAGUGUCAAGGAUCAUAAUGGUAACACUGCACUCCACGAUGCUUGUGAUAAGGGGAAUUCAACUAUUGCUGAAAUCUUAAUAUCCUCUCCACUCUGCGAUAUCACCGUUUUCAACCAGAAGGGAUUUAAUGCCUUGCAUUAUGCUGCUUUAAAGGGACAGCUCCAGAUUGUUCAAACUAUGCUUGAACAAUACCCAGAGGCUGUCAACAUUCCUAAAGAAGAUGGUUUCACAGUAUUACAUAUAGCUAUUGUCAAUGGAAUGGAAGACGUUACUGAUUUUUUAUUAACAUUUUAUGCCAAUGGUGGACUAGACCUGGAACAGAAAACCAAGGCUGGUCAAACCUCUCUACAUAUUGCUUGUAUUGAAGGUUUUCUCAGUAUUGUGAAGAUUUUGUUAAACCAUGGUGCAAAGGUUGAUGCUGAAACUAAGGAAGGAGACACUGCAGCUCAUCAGUGUGUGUACAAGCAUGCCAUGCUGUGUAACUUACCUCAGCAGUUGCAAGGUUUUGAACUCUAUCCUGAUGUACAAACAGUGAGAUCACAUUUUUCUAACCACCAAGCAAGUGGUAUUGUGAUAGCCUGCUUCCUGCUUGAGAACGGAGCAUCGAUCAAUUACAUCAAUCACAAGGGACAAUCUUUACUUGAUAUUUGCGAUAAUGCUAGAUUGAAAAGACUCUUGGUUGAGUUUGCACAAAAGAACACAGCUACUGUAAGUUCACCAACAUCAAAAAACGCCCCUGCUUUGGUCAGUGAAGUUUCUGUUGAAAUGUGUCCUAUGUGUAAUGUUGAAAAUCCAGUGGAAGGACGUUUUCAACCAUGUGGACAUGCACUGUUGUGUUAUGACCACGCAGAGUGCAUGAAGAAAUGUCCAGAAUGCAAAAAACAAGUAGAAAGCAUUAGCCGACUAUCAAUUGAACGUCUGCCGAACUGUAUGAUAUGUCGUGACGUGCGUGUAAACGUCACAUUCGAACCUUGCGGUCACCAAAUUGCUUGCUAUGUGUGUGGGAAAAGAUUCAAGAUGUGUUUGAAAUGUGAUCUGCCAAUUAAAACCAAAGUUCCGAUUGGUGAGAUACCUGAGGAAGAUUCACCAGAUGCUUCAUCCGAUGGAAACGAAAGUCAUUUGUGCAACAUUUGCUACGAACGACGAAAAAACGCAGCUUUUCUUUGCGGUCAUGGAGCGUGUAUGAAGUGCGCGCAUGCACUUCGAGACUGCCACAUCUGUCGCAGGAAAAUUGAACGCAUUAUCGAAAUAUUCGAUUGAAUGAGUGAGGUACAAGAAAUGAAUUUUGUAAUUUUUAUUUUUAUUAAAGAGUCGCACUUGUAGAAUAAUUUAUAGGAGAAAUUUCGUUUCGAGAAUUUUUUUAAUUACACACAGUUUCGUUCUUCAAAUUUUUAUGUAUAACAGUGUUUUUUUAGCAUAGUAAACACAGAAAGAGGUUGGUGAAACUAAUCUCGGAGAAUGUGUUGAGAGAAAUCUUUUUUAGCAAUUUGUUUUUCAAGCACUACGUAAAAACAUGUAGUUCUUCAUGUAAAGUUAAAACCAAGCAAAAGGAUAAAUAGUUUAGAGAUAUUAAUCCGGGGCAAACCAUACACGUGAAAAAUAAAUUUUGGAACGGUAUGCGCAUCGUAAAAUAUUCCAAUAUCACGCGUUAUCACAUGGAGUAUUUUUGAUAACACGGUUUGCUCCGGGUUUUAGAAGGUAUUUUUUAAACUUUUAUAAAGUAAUUUUUGAUAAAUUGGCAGCAUGUAUUAACUAUAUGCUUGUGACCAGGUUUAUAUGGGAAAAUAAAAAGCUCUCUUUGCGUACAUUUAAACUACCUAGCUUUUACGAUUCUUAGUCAACAACGCUUUCAUGAAAUGUACGUAUUUUGAGCUCUUGUAACUACAUUGCCACUCAUUCUAAAGUUGUUUAGCUUCUCUGUGCAAUGAAAUUCAGUAGAGAAGGUGAAUCAUUCUUCAAGCGCAGCGAGGUUGGUAGGCGACAGUUAGUCGUACAGUGACGCGUGUGUGUUCUUAUGCAUAAGUAGUCAUAUUUCGGCAGAAGAGUUUAUAUCGACUGCAUGUUGUUACAAAAGAUCAUAAAAAUAUAAACAA